AAUUAAACACAGCCUGGGUCGGAGCUCUCUCUCCUGCAGGUGUAAGAUGGCCAGAACGAAGCAGACCUCCCGCAAGUUCACUGCGGGGAAGGCUCCCCGCAAGCAGCCAGUCACCAAGCCGGUCCGGAUGAGCGCCUCCUCCCAGGGAGGGAUCAAGAAGCCCCACAGGUACCGGCCUGGCACAGUGGCGCUGCGGGAAAUCCGCACCUACCAGAAGUCCACGGAGCUGCUCAUCAGAAAGCUGCCCUUCCAGAGGCUGGUGAAGGAGAUCGCGCAGGACUUGAAGGUGGGCUUGAGGUUCCAGAGCGCGGCCAUCGGCGCCCUGCAGGAGGCCAGCGAAGCCUACCUGGUGGGCUUGUUUGAAGACACCAAUCUGUGCGCCAUCCACGCCAAGAGAGUCACCAUUAUGCCCAAAGACAUGCAGCUGGCUCGCCGCAUACGGGGCGGGCCAUCUUAAGCGGGAGGCCCCUUUCCCGCUGUUUUGCAGUAAAUGCUGUACAAUGCUUUGAUUUCACGCGUGGCCUUUGAAGUAAGACGUAGUUGAUCAGGUGCUGCGUGUGGGCUUCGUUCUUUCCAUCUUUCC